CGCAUCCUCAGGGACCUGCUCCAACAACAAUAAGGAAAUAGACUCUUCUAGAAACACACGAUGGACAACACGCACCCCUGAGGGGUAUAUAAGCCCCAAGCACCCCAGGCAGCUCGCACACCCUCAACCACCCUCUCCGGCACACACACACAUACACUCACACACACCCUCCUCCAGCCCCACCGCCCCACCAUGGCCGCCUCCACCCUGUCCGUCUGCUCCAGCGACCUCAGCUAUGGCAGCCGGGUCUGCCAGCCCGGUGCCUGGGACUCCUGCCCCGACUCCUCCUGGCUGGUGGACGACGGCCCAGAGAGCUGCUGCGAGCCCCCCUGCUGCGCCCCCAGCUGCUGCGCCCCAGCCCCCUGCCUGAGCCUCAUCUGCACCCCUGCCAGCUGUGUGUGCAGCCCCUGCCAGGCAGCCUGCACCAGCUCCUGCACGCCCUCGUGCUGCCAGCAGUCUAGCUGCCAGCCCUCAUGCUGCACCUCCUCCCCCUGCCAGCAGGCCUGCUGUGUGCCCAUCUGCUGCACCCCUGUCUGCUGCAAGCCCGUGUGCUGUGUGCCUGUCUGCUCUGGGCCCUCCCUCUGCUCAGACUCCUCGUGCUGCCAGCAGUCUAGCUGCCAGCCCUCCUGCUGCACCUCCUCCCCCUGCCAGCAAGCCUGCUGCGAGCCCGUCUCCUGCACCCCUGUCUGCUGCACCCCUGUGUGCUGUGUGCCCGUCUGCUCUGGGGCCUCCCCCUGCUCAGACGCCUCCUGCUGCCAGCAGUCUAGCUGCCAGCCCUCCUGCUGCACCUCCUCCCCCUGCCAGCAGGCCUGCUGUGUGCCCGUCUCCUGCACACCGGUCUGCUCCAAGGCAACCCCCUGCCCAGCCCCCUCGUGCUGCCAGCCCAGCCCCUGCCCCCCGUCCUGCUGCAGACCCUCCUCCUGCGUGUCCCUCAUCUGCCGCCCGGUGUGCAGACCUACCUGCUGCGUGCCCGUCUCCUCCUGCUGCGGCCCUGCCUCCUGCCAGCCAAGCUGCUGCCGCCCGGCCUCCUGCGUGUCCCUGCUCUGCCGCCCCACGUGCAGACCCUCCUCCUGCGUGUCCCUGCUCUGCCGCCCCACGUGCUCCUGCGUGGCCCGCUGCAGCCCCACCUCGGCCCAGAAGUCCUGCUACUGACUGGGCACGUUGCCCAGGGCCAGCAGGGCACUAUGGGACACCGCACCUCUCCCACUGCCGCUGUCAGGAUGUAACCCCAGCACAAGCUUCAGCACUCAUCCAAGCGUGAAUGCUCGCUGACCUCAGACCCCAACAACCAGGGUUCAGUCUGCAGUCUCCACAUCAGGCCCGGGUGAAUCUGAGACGGCCCUCCCCUAUUACUGGUGGCUCCCUGGUUGUUUCUGAUGGCCAUGGCCCCAGCCCUUCCCCAUAGCCUUACUGGGGCCUCUACCCUCUACCCGGAAGCCAUCUGCCCUCCCCACCUUGGACGUGUCUUGAACAGAAUGAAUAAACUCGCCGUCCUUGCCUCUG